CCAGUGUCUGACUUUUAUCUGUUGCUGCUCUGUUAUUAGUUGUGUAAGGAGAGAUCUCAUGAGUUGUCCUAAUGUUAGGUUAACAACAGCACAACAGAAAGGAGACUGAUGUGAAUGGGCUGAGUCACGUCAAAAACACUGAGGUCGUUGAAAGAAAGAGGCCGGUUUGCUCUAUGGCAACAAGCCCUUAAACACAGCAGAUCUGAGGUCAGUUAAAUAGCUGACACUGUGGGAACGAGCUUUACCGCCACACAGCAAAAGAGUAACACAAAUUUACAAUGAAAUCUUAAAACUUUUAAACAGUUGUGUAUAAGGCGCAUGGAAUUUACGCAAUUUAAUAUAUAAUACGCAUCAGAAAGGUCACUUCUGCUGAUUAUCUGUUCACUGAUCUGAUAUGGCACUGAAGACUGAAGAUGCUCAUCAUGUCAGCAUAUUUCCACCCAUCCUGGACUGUUACCUGUCAUCACAGUGUCCUAAAAAGAGAGCCAAUCCAGUUGAAUUUCACAGGCAGAGGAGACAUCACAGCUGCAGCAGACUGGGGCAGGUGGUCAUGUCGAGAGCUGAUGCUGUCGAUUCUGAUCAAGUGCUUGAAAACAAACAAAAAGCUCUUCUAGAUCAGCGCCAUCUAGAGACCUACUACAGAAUCCACCGGUUGAAAGACGUGCUUUCACAUCAGUACGCUACACUACUCGAAGAAAAAGUCCAAAAACAAAGACAAGAGAUGAAGUCCCAUCACACAAAUGAUUCAAAAACUACACAAAGACACAAAGAACAGACAAAAAAGAGAAAAAAAACCCAGAGACUCACAAGAUCAGUCCUCACACAUGAUGACACUUACAUAAGUGCUCUACCUAAAACACGCUACUACCUGGUCGUGGAAUUGCAAAGUCGGCUGACCCGACUCGGGUGUCUCCAGAGCCGCAGGGAGCAGGAGGUGUUCAGGGUCUGGCUGGAGCAGCACAGGAGCAUAUAUCAUCUAGAGAAACAACUACAGGCCAUGGAGCUCAACAGUACGUCUAGGCCAGAUGUGACUCUCGAAGACUUACUGAAACACAAGACCAAAACUUUACCAAAACUUCAGAUUUCACCUAAAGGUGCCACAGCACAUCAGGAGGAUAUGCCAGUUUCACUAAAAGGGACUGGAGGGGGUGCCAUUGCGUGCCAGCUGCAUGGCAAACAGAGGCAGGGACAGGACGAAACUGAGCUCAUGUUUCCUGAAGUCUUUACCCGGGAGUUUAAAGUCCCUAAAUUUUCAGUUCUGCGCUCGACCUUCCUGAAUGCCAUGAACACCAACAUGCUUUAUGUGAGAAGCGAUGAGCCACCAAUCAAGUCAAGAAGCACUGACAUCAUCCGACAUAAACUGAGAUUUAUGCACAACCUGUCACGCUCACACAUAGCUGACACGCAAAGAAUAAUGGCCAAAAAUAGACUGAGUUUGCAAUGCACAGAUGGCUUCAGCAUCAAAGAACUGAUGGAGUAUGAAGGUCCUCAUGAAGUUCAGACUCGGAAGUCCAGAUGUUCCUCAGAGUCAGACCUCACACAUGAAGCCACAACUGAGAGCCCAGAAUCCCUCACUGAGAAUCCAACUACUCAGAUAAGUCUUCAGUUUGCAGAGGAGUCAUCGAGUUCAACUGAAGCUACUGAUUCAUCAGAUACAGAUGUCCCUCUGUCCAUACACAACCUCUAUACUAGUCAGGUCAUUGAGAUGGGGAGCUCUGAAGAGAAGAUGUGGAUAAAUUACAUUUAGAACUCUGAUGUCCUUCUUGUCUAAAUGAUUUAAAAAAAAAACUUUACAUUAUAUCCCAUAUGGCAAAAAUAAUCUUUGGCCAAAAAUAUGUUUUAAAUAUAUGUGAUAUACAUUUUGUAGAAAGUAAAGUUUAAUUGAAUAUAUUUUUGAAUUUCAAAACGUAUUUCAGGGGCAACAAAUAGGCUACAUUUCUUAUUUACAACCCUAUGGCAAAAAAAAUAUUUUUCCUGCU